AUAGUCUGGUGGUUUCUCUUUUUUUUUUUUUUUCUUUCAAGUUCGGUGAGAUCAUCUCGCCCGGAGGCUGAGAUGUGACGGAAAUCCUAAGUGGUCUCGUGGUCCGCGAGGUUUCCUCAUCUAAACUCAGUUGUCGUCUUGCAGUCAGGUGGUAGGCGUUCGAAAAACGCAUACCUCAUGGCGUGGGGGGCAGGGAGCCGUGGAGAGGGGCCAUAGCCUAAAAGCACGCGGUAUGUGCAGCUUAAGUAGAAACCAUCGUAAAUCUCGGAGAAAGGGCCGGAAUAGGUGUGAACUAAGAAGAAAAGGAGUUAGUCUUGGGCAGACAAGCUGCUGGCGUGUGGCACUUGUUUCUUUGCAGUGGAAGAGUAACCCGGAGCCGUAAAUGGAUUUUACAUUUUUGUUUCUUAGUACUUAAAAUCCUUCAGCUUUCAACACCUUGAACUAUUUUAAGGGCCAAAAUAUUUCGUUUUGGUGGUGUUUGAUAACAAAUAUGGCUAGUCGCUUGCUGUUGUGUUAAACAGAUGGGACAGCCAAAGGCUUCGCACUUCUUAUGGUUUCUAAGUGAGUCACUUAAGGAAUGUAAUUGCCUUACCGUCCUAUUGUCAACAAAACAGUAUUCUCUUCAGUUUUUGUGAGUGGUAGAAUUCCAGAUUUUGCAUGAAUGCAAGAGGAAAAGCAAUCCCUCUUUCACACAACAGUUUAAAUUUAGGUUGAAGGAGACUACAUGCAACAGGCUUCUCAUCUCAAGAAUGUGUGUGUGAGUUUCUCUGCAGCAGUAUGGUGAUAUAGCCAGGAAGUCAGUUAAUGUAGCGUAGUUACAGGGUGGGCGCUAACAUUUACUGUUAGAUUUUCAUCUCAAUAGCAGCCUCACGUGAAACUAAAUAAGCUUUAUCUGUUGUCUUCUGUGUGCUACUUAUCUCAAGUAUUAAGUCAGUUGGGAGUGGAGACACUUUAAUACUUAUUGCAGUAUGGAUUAAGUAUUUUCAUGACAGCAGUCAACUGCUGGUGCUGUCAGGAUAGCGGUAGUGCUAUAACCGUGUGUUGAGUGGAGGGGGGGCAGUUGCAUUUGUUUGGAGGAAGGCAGGGUAGUGAUACAAAGAGCUGGCUGAGAAAUUUAUGUUUAGAAAUGUGUUAGGAGAAGUGACCUGAUUUGGGCAUAGCCGCUGUGGUAAACAAAAGUCGGUAUUUAACUGCAGAUUGUGAGGCUGAGCACAGAAGGUGACAGUAAAUUAACAGACUCUGCAAACAUUAUGGGAACAGAAAAUGGCUUGUGAGGGAGGUAUUCAGAUUUCAUAUAGUUUAAGUUAAAUGAGUUAAACAGCUAGAAGCGAAGCAUUACAUACAUCCAAAUGCAGCAUUGGAUGCAGGAGACAGAUGAACGACAAGACUGAUUGGCGUGUUUGGAAGUGUAGUCACCUAUGGUGAAGGGGGAAAAGUAGCAAAUGGGGUGGAAAAUGAGGAGACCGAGGAUGCAUCAGAAUGGAUCCCACAGAGAACAUAAGCAAGGCAGCCUGGCAUCAUGGAUCGGCACCGUGCAGGGAAUGGCAAUGAACAGGCAUCUUCACGAGAGCGCGGUCGUGGUGAAGAUGAGAGACAGCGACAGCUGGAGCGCCUCAGUAGGGAGGAAGCCUAUUACCAAUUCAUCAAUGAACUCAAUGAAGAAGACUACAGGUUGAUGAGAGACCACAACCUGCUUGGCACUCCUGGGGAAAUAACAGCAGAAGAGUUGCAACAACGUUUGGAAGGGGCUAAGGAGCGUCUGGCAUCACAGACUGAUCUGGAAAACAGAGAAGGUGAAGGUAGAACUGCUGGAGAUUCUGAUGUUCUUGCAGAAAACUCAAAUGGCGAUUCUUUGCUUGAAUGGCUGAACGCAUUUCGUCGCACAGGAAAUGCCACUCGCAGUGGACAGAGUGGGAACCAAACCUGGAGAGCUGUGAGUCGGGCAAAUCCAAACAGUGGGGAAUUUCGAUUUAGUCUUGAAAUCAACAUAAAUCACGGGCAUAACAAUUUUGAAACCACUGGUGAAGAGUAUGUGGGUAUAGAUCGUAGCAGAAUGUAUUCAGAAAGAAGACAUCAAGGAGCUGUCAGUCCAGUAACCACACAAACAAGAAGCAGGACAACAAGCGAAGCAAACAGCCAGGCUGCAAGCACGGCAAGGGCCAGGUCUUUGAGAAGCUCUGUGGUGCAAAGCUCUGAGGCAGCCUCUCAUCCAAUCUCAGGGAGGCUCAGGAGUAGAACGAGGGAGUUGACUGGCCUUCACCAAACAAAUACUACACAUCAUAGUUCUACAACUGCUGGUGAACAAAGAGAAAUGCCAGAAAGAGGUACUUCUACAAGAGUUACAAGACGCAGUAGAUCCAGAACUAACGUUCGGGUGAAUACAAACCAAAGACUGGAAAUUCUGCGGUUGAGGUCUACUUUGAGUAGUCGAAGCCGCUCUCCACUGCAAAGGCAAGGUGAGACUGCUUAUUCUGGGGAACAUGGGCAGAGGCAGAAUAGAAGUACACAGCAAGCUAGUAGAGGUAGAAGACAAACAGUACAGCAUCCUCAGCAGCCUGCUGAAGAACAAGCAAGAAAUAACUCUCAAACACCUCAGCCUUCCUCUGCAGCCCCAUCCUCGGGAUUAACUUCAGAAGAGGAGGAAUCUAGUAGGCCAGUAGCUGCUGUUAGAAGACAUCCAACAAUUACACUAGAUCUUCAAGUGAGAAGAAUUCGUCCUGGAGAAAACAGAGACCGGGACAGUAUUGCUAGUAGAACUCGUUCUAGAGUAGGAAUGGCAGAAAACACAGUUACUUUUGAAAGCGAUAGUGGGGGAUUUCGGAGGACGAUAUCACGAUCAGAACGUGCGGGUAUUCGAACCUACGUUAGCACCAUACGGAUACCUCUUCGUCGGAUUUCAGAAACUGGGCUUGGUGAGCCUUCAUCAGUGGCUCUUCGGUCAAUCCUUAGACAAAUUAUGACAGGUUUUGGAGAACUGAGUUCUUUAAUGGAAACUGAAUCUAACUCAGAAAUGCAAAGAGGUGCUCAUCACUUACCAGAUGUACAGGCAGAGCAGAAUAACUCAAGCUCAGUAAACAAUAGCAGUGAUCCAAGUGAGGUUUCUUCUCAGAAUGGGCAUGUAGUAGAAGACGACAGUGAAAGAAAUGGACAGAGUGAUGAUACGCGACGACGCUAUGGUCGCAGUAAUGAAAACCAGGAUAACAGACAGUCUCAAGAUGCUAACAACCUAGUGGAAAAUAGAACUCUGCCCAUCCUUCGGCUUGCCAACUUCUUCCUGCUGAACGAAGACGGCGAAUACAGGCGUUUAAGAGGUUUAACCAAAGAGCAGAUUGACAAUCUUUCUACUCGGAAUUAUGGGGAUAUCCACACUGAGGGGGAAAUAAGUAAAACAUGUAGUGUUUGCAUUAAUGAAUAUGUAGCGGGAAAUAAGCUAAGGCAGUUACCUUGUAUGCACGAAUUUCAUAUUCACUGUAUAGAUCGCUGGCUUUCUGAAAAUUCCACUUGCCCAAUUUGUCGGCAGCCUGUAUUGGGGUCUAAUGCCACAGACAACGGCUAAAAUCAUUUGUACUAUUCAGUAUUUAAGGAUCUACUUCUGCUCUGUUAAUGAUGAGCCAGAGCAAAUGAAUUGACUUGCAUAGGGGUCCAUUUGUGUGGGGAAUUUUGUUAGAUUUCUUUAAAAAAUAAUAGAAAACUUGUCUAAAUCUAGCAAUGUAAAUAACUAUUUUUCUCCAAGUGCAGAUCUAGGAGUACACAUAGAACCAAAUGAUAUCGGUAAAGUUUAUAUUUUUUUAGGUAAUUUUGCUAUGCUAAGCACUUUUGUAAAUAGAGAAACGCAAUAGUUAAUCGGUCCUGCUUAUUGUAUGUUUUUUUUAACUGUGUAAUGGACUCACUUUAUUUAGAUUACAAAUUGUUUCACACAGACCUACCACUGUGUUGAAAAAUUAGUGUCUAAAUAGCCAUUCAUUAGCUUUUUGUUCUAAGAACAAUUUCUUUUACAGAGUCUCUUGCUGGAUAUGUUUGCUAAAGGUAUUUAAGUUACUUGAAGUGCUUAUUUUAAUAUACAACAUUUUUUUUAACAUUCAAAUAUCCUUUCCAAAAACUUGCCAAUUUGGUUCUAUUUGAAAUUUUUAUGGCAGUUUUUGCAUGUGGUUUUACGCAAUGGUUAGCGCUGACAAGUUCAUGUUCAAAAGCGGAUGGGUUAGUGAUAAAAAAUGUGCAUAAUUAAAAGCUGUCUUUGACAAUCGCUGUCUUUUCAGUACAGACAGCCGUCACGUUGCUGACAAUUCCAAGAGUGUGUGUCUUAAUGAACAUGUUUGCUCAAAGAGUAAAUGAGCAUUGAGAAAGCCUUUUUACUUUUCCAAAUUACUCAAUAUUCAUGUUUUUUUUUUAAACUGCCUUAGUUUAAAGAGGGAAAUAAUUCCUUAAUCAUUAUAUUGUCUACAAUAUGCAUGUUUUGUGCAUCCUACUCAGAAAAACAAAGGCUUGAAGUGUUUUUGUACAGAAUUUUAAGGUACAUAUGUUAUUAGUCCUCUUGAAACAUAUCUGAGGAGCAUAUGGCAAAAGACACUAAAAAAGACAAAAUAAGCUUCCUUUGAAGUCCCCAAAUUACUGUACUAUUAGAUAUUAAACUUUAUACCAGUAACUUAUAAAGAAAUAAAGUUGCAAAAUAAACAACUGAA